AGCGCCGCCUCUUCUCUCGCGUCUUCCCCUCCGUGGCCGCCGCCUCUUCCUCCGCCUCCUCCUUCGCCUCUUCCUGCCUCCUCCCGGCUUCCGCCGCCGCCGCUCCAGCCGAAUCCCAGCCCCGGGGCGAAGCGUCUCUUUAUUUAUUUACGUUUUCUCGCCACUGCAGCCGCCAGACACGGUGAUCCGGGCGGGCCCCGCAGGAAUUUUAUCCCCUCACCGGCCUCACACUAGUAUCGCAUGUCCACUAUCCAGAACCUCCAAUCUUUCGACCCCUUUGCUGAUGCAACUAAGGGUGACGACUUACUCCCGGCAGGGACUGAGGAUUACAUUCAUAUAAGAAUCCAGCAACGGAACGGCAGAAAGACACUGACUACUGUCCAGGGCAUUGCAGAUGAUUAUGACAAAAAGAAACUUGUGAAAGCUUUCAAAAAGAAAUUCGCCUGUAAUGGUACUGUGAUUGAACAUCCUGAAUACGGAGAGGUUAUUCAGCUUCAAGGUGACCAAAGAAAAAACAUUUGCCAGUUUCUCUUGGAGGUUGGCAUUGUCAAGGAGGAACAGCUUAAGGUUCAUGGAUUCUAAAAUGAACCUAAAUACGUGGAGAAUUUCUUGAAUAAUUUUGUUCUCUAAACCCAGUUUGGCUGCCUUGUGAAAUGAUUCUCUGCAGUAAAUGGACUUUUCAUGUAUUUAAUCAUUCAAACUCCCAUUCACACCUGCAUGAUUACAGAAAACAUGGGGUAUGUAGGUUAGUAACACAUAAGAAAAUUGCAGUAAGAUGGUAAUGAAACCCCGUAUUCAUCUUAACAUGUUUCCAAUGGAAAAUAUUUUGUUUUGAGUGUUUAUUUGUUUAUUGUUCAGUUUAUUUUUUUUCACUUGAUUAAAUGUUUUUUGUUGUAUUAAACCAUGUAUGUUGCAGCUUAACAAUAAAGAAACAUCUAUGAA